CCAAUAGGAUCUGGUGGAAGAAAAGACAAGCAGGCGCGCAGCACUUGGAGAUCAGGACUUCUAGCUGGCUCUGCUGCCACCGCUCUACUGAGGGGUGGGGGCGGAAGAGGAGACUAAACCCAGAGCUGAGAGCAGAGGCAGGUGUGUGCAGGAGUGUCACCUGGAUCAUGAGGUCAUCCCUCUGCUGGCUCCUCCCACUUCUGCUCAUCUUGGCCUCAGUGGCCCAAGGCCAACCAACACGACGGCCAAGACCCGGGUCUGGACCCAGGCGCAGACCCAGGCCCAGGCCCACGCCCAGCUUUCCUCAGCCCCAUGAGCCAUCAGAGCCUACAGACCUGCCUCCGCCCCUUCCUCCAGGCCCUCCAUCUGUCUUUCCUGACUGUCCCCGGGAAUGCUACUGCCCCCCUGAUUUCCCGUCUGCCCUCUACUGUGAUAGCCGCAACCUGCGCAAGGUCCCUGUCAUCCCAUCCCGCAUCCAUUACCUCUAUCUCCAGAACAACUUCAUCUCUGAGCUCCCGGUGGAGUCCUUCAAGAAUGCCACGGGCCUGAGGUGGAUCAACCUGGACAACAACCGAAUCCGCAAGAUAGACCAGAGGGUACUGGAGAAACUUCCCAGCCUGAUCUUCCUCUACAUGGAGAAGAACGAGCUCGAAGAGGUGCCCUCAGCCCUGCCCCCAAACCUGGAGCAGCUGAGGCUGAGCCAGAACAAGAUCUCCAGAAUCCCGGCCGGCGUCUUCAGCAAGCUGCAGAACCUGCUGCUCUUGGAUCUGCAGCACAACAGGCUAAGUGAUGGCGUCUUCAAGCCUGACACCUUCCAGGGUCUCAAGAACCUCAUGCAGCUCAACCUGGCCCACAACAUCCUGAGAAAGAUGCCACCAAAAGUCCCCAAGGCCAUUCACCAGCUCUACCUGGACAGCAACAACAUCGACACCAUCCCUAGUGGGUACUUCAAGGGCUUCCCCAACCUCGCCUUCAUUCGGCUUAACUACAACAAGCUGUCAGACAGGGGGCUCCCCAAGAAUUCCUUUAACAUCUCCAACCUGCUCGUGCUCCACCUGUCCCACAACAGGAUCAGCAACGUGCCUGCCAUCAACAGCAAGCUGGAGCACCUGUACCUCAACAACAACAGCAUUGAGAAAAUCAAUGGCAGCCAGAUUUGCCCCAACAACCUAGUCGCCUUCCAUGACUUCUCCUCGGAUCUGGAGAACGUGCCCCACCUGCGCUACCUGCGGCUGGAUGGGAACUUCCUGAAGCCACCCAUCCCUCUGGACCUCAUGAUGUGCUUCCGCCUGCUGCAGUCCGUCAUCAUCUAGGCCUCACUCUGCCGCUGGAUCUCCUCUGACUGCACUUGAAGGCUGGUGGCCAGGCGCCCGUGCCCACCUUCGUUUUCUCUAUCUCCCUUUCUUGCUUCCAGCUUUGCCUCUCUUACUCCAUCUUUCUGAGGCAGGGAAAAGCUGUAUACUCUGCUGCAGCCUCUGGAGCAAGACUUCCAAGGGCUUGAUGUGGGCCCACCCAGUUCAAAGACACCCACUGCACCCCCAAGCUUCUGGCCUUCUGUGGUCUCCCUUUCCUCCAGAAACACAGAUGUAUGUCUAAAGACUUCAUAGCCCCUUCUCUCUUCUCCACCCGUCACUCCUGGGUAAAUCAGGGCCAAGGACUGACAUCUCAUCUUGGUCCUGGCCAAGCAAGCAGAAGACAGGGCAGUCCAGAGGUGAGGUUUCGAAAGUGCCGCUGGAGACUCCUCCAACUUGGGCAGCUCUGGCUCAAAGAGGUUGAGAAACCCGUUUCCUCAGCCAAGGAUCCCUUCUUCCAAAACUGCUGCUCCACAGCCCCGUUCCCCAGCAUGACAUUGGACUGGCUCUCUGCUGGCCCACAUUCAGCAGGGAGGGAAUGAAAGAGGUGGGGUGGAGGGUCGGGAUGCCCACAAGGGCCUGCAUCUGGCAGGGACAAGUUGGGUGUCCCUCCUUCUUCUCCGGGUGCACGUGGCACUCACCCUGCAGGCUGGGGCUCAGAGAGGAACAGCCAAGGAGGAGAAGCAUGGCCCAAAGAACUAGGAAGCAGCCAGUUGGAGAGGUGGGGUCAGAGCCCCAGGCUGGGCCCACGUGGGAGUGGAUGGGUCCCUUGCCCAACCUCAACAGGGGCCUGAGGCCCCAGGGAACACAGUGUUCACAGUGAAGGGUCAAGUGGCGCCGGCCCGGCCCCCGCCAUCUGUUCUCUAUCAGCGUGGAGGGCCCGGUCCUUUCCAGUCCCCGGGAGGGCAGUCCCUGAGAAACCGGGAAGACAGGGCAGAGCGCCUGGAAAUCUCCCAGAAGCCUCUGCGCGUUCGCAGAUUGGCCUCUGCCUCUCAGACAGACACAUCAGUGACACCUGGUGGCUGGUGGAGGUCAUGGCUGGCUCCAGUCUCACCCUCUCCCUGGGGUGGUUUUCCAAGGAGCCAACGACCAACUUGGAGGAGGCACUGGUGUGCAUGGUUCCUCUCUCCUCUGGGGGCUAAAGGGCACAAAGGUCCAGAGGCUGGGGCUCAUUCCCACCAUGGGUGAGCACGAAUGGGAAACCCUGGUGAACCCAGCUGAGGACACGGUUUACUCCUGUUUGCUGGAUGACCUCACGGGGUCCCUUCUGCUCUCAGCUCUCACAUCUGUAAACCAAGGGGGUGGAUAAGAUGCUCCUCCAAGGUCCUUCCAGUCUCAUGUUCCGAAUCUGCAGCUCUGCACUUUAAAUAAUAUUCAAAUGCAGAACAAGUCCUAAAUAUUACCUCCUUCACUUGCAGUAAUUUAUUCCCUGUGUGGACGUCCCUCCCCCAGAGGCUUGCCCAUCCUCCUUGCCUGACCCAAAUGAGUGCCUUGGCAGGUCUCCAAGGGAAACCUCAACGGGGCUGCCUUGCUUCCACCUCUUGCCCUCCACUGACUUCCUCCAGGGGAUGCUGCCCCUCCACGGCCUCCUGAGUGUGAUGUUGGUAUGGGGUGUGGAUAUUCUACAAAUGAGUAAGAUACAGUGACCACCCUCAAGGUAGGAUGAGAAAAGUUCCAGAGAUUUUUAAGAAAUUGAAUUAAGCUGGAUCCCUAAGUUCUAAGAAAUUCCUGGUCUCACCUUUCUCUUUUGCUAAUUAUGGAUGAUAGGGCCCAUUUCAUCAUAGCCUCCUUCCCCCCUGCUCAUUCCUCCUAGCUGCAGCUGGGUUUUCUAAGGCCCCUGCUUAAAGUCAAUAUGAAGUAUGUUAUUAUGGCUGCAAGCAAUCGGGUGCUAUGGCCUGGACAAGCCCUCCUUUUUGCACCUUACACCUCGCAACCUCAGCCCCUUUGACGAGGCCUGAGGGGAGCACAGCUCCUGUAGCUCCCAGGAGCUUUCCCCUUAUGCUGGUCAUUCCCCUGAUCCUGCAAGUGUGAACUGUUUUGUGUUUGCAGCAGCACAACCACCAUCACCCAUUGCCCCUUCUAGAAUAUGUCUGUUCCCUCCCUUGCUCUCUGCAGCUGUAAAUCAGAGGGAAUUAGAGUUAAAAUAGAUUUACAGGCACCCUGCUACAUACACACACACACACACACAAUGUGCUGGUUUCCCUUGGGUUUAAGCAAGCCACUCCUCCAUACACAAGUUCAUUCCCUUAGAGCUGUUAGCAUCUACAUGUACAGGUGUGUAAGUAGGGAUGUAUGUGUACUCUGUACGUAUAUCUGUUCUCUCAAAGACCGUGUUAACUUUGUGAAACAACUUUCACAUUUCAGCACACUUCACAGCAGAGGAAAUAAAGUAGUACGAAAAAUA